AUGUUGCUAAUAUUAGAAGUAACGCUUGUUGCCAAUAAUUGGGCAACAUUCAUUCUUGGUACCACUGCUAAUCUGCUAGUUUUCUACGUGUGCUUAAAAACGAAAAAUGUCGAGCUGCUGAAGAAUCGAUGGUGCAUUGCGAUGCAUGCAAUACUUCAGCUCAUCGAAUGCUUCAAUCUGACUUUUGUACAACUCGUAAGUCGUAUUUAUAUGUUAACAAUUUACGAAUCUGAGUUUAUUCUUCCACAACUGAUCAAGCAAAUGAUCCAAGGUUUUGAGGUCUCAGCGAUAAAUCUGGCAAAAAAGUCGUCAUGGUGUAGUGGACGGGAUAGUCGACAGUUCGGUAUUAAAUGA